ACGACGACAAAUGUUACAUCCGGGGAAGUUUGAAAAUGGCAGCACCCUGCCCAACAGCUGAGGUGCAUUUUGCCCAAAAACUUGCUGCAAAUGAAAAAAGAACGAGAGACACUGCAUUUAAGAAACUGAAGAAGUGGCUCCAAUCUCGAUCAAGUGAUGGAAAGGAAGCAGACUUCUUGAAAAUAUGGAAAGGUCUUCACUAUUGUAUGUGGAUGCAGGACAAACCACUAAUCCAGGAGGAACUUUCAGACAGCAUGUGUAAGCUGCUAAGUGUCUUUGGAAAUGUGGACAUUUCUCUGAUGUUCCUUGGAGUGUUUUUCCAGACUGAGUCCAGAGAAUGGAGCGGAAUAGAUCGAUGGAGAAUGGACAAGUUUAUGAUGUUGUCCAGGGAGAUGUUGGGUCAGUCCUUGGUCCUGUUGAAGAAAGCCAAGUGGAAGAAGGCACACCUUGAUUUCUUUGGUCAGAUCCUUAAGGACCAUGUCCUGAUGGCAGAAAAUGAUGGCUACAAAAUCCAUAUCACAGACAUUUAUCUAGAUGAGCUUGAAAAAGCUGGAGCAGAAGUCCUUUCACCAAGUCAGAUCAUUCAUUUUCUGGAACCUUUCUCAACAUUCCUAGUGGAGUCCAAAAAUACGACACUAGUGAAGCGGGUCAUAUCCAGAAUAUUUGAUGCCAUAAUACAACAGACUGUGGAUGAUGCUACACGGAGAGCAGAGAGGCUUCUUCAGAAACUCCAAGGAGUAUCAAGACACCUUAAAACAUUGAGAAGAGGAAGACACCUGUAUACCAAGUAUUUGGAGAAGGAAGAUGAAGCAAACAACAAUGGUGCUGAUGUAGAAGAUCUGGAUGAAGACGAGGAGGAAGAUGACACCCCUCCAAGACUUGAUUUCGACUACGGAGCAAUCGCAGACAGGUUGUUUGAACUUGGGAAGAAUCCAGAGUGUUUAAGUCGACAUAGGACCCUGGUGUACAAUGUAGUCAAAAAAUUUCGAGAUUUAAAUGAAGGAGCCCUGCCAACCAAAGUAAAGGACUACAGUUGCCUACAGAAGGGGUACAUCAAUCGAGAGGAUUUUGCUAAAUCAGUCAACAAGCUUAUUUCCAUGGAAACCGAGGUACAUAGACAGAAAAAGAAAAGAAAAAAUCGAAAACGAAAUAAAGACCAGGAAAAAGAUGAUGAUGGGUGCAUGGUUCCAAACAAAAAGAAGAAAGAAAAUUCUGUGGAGAACAAAAAUGAAACGAGUGUAAAAACAAAUUCCGAGACUCCGACUGUGGUGAAAGAAAAGAUGAAGAAGGAAACAGGACUAACCAAAUUAAAAGAUAAGUUACUGGGAAAACGGAAAAAGGAGCGUGAUUCUACGCAGUCUUUGAAAAAGGCAAAGCAGGAAGAUUCAGGCUCAGGCAUCUCUCGGAGUGUAGAGACACCUGUUAGUCGGGGGGUGAUAGACUCUCAAAAAACAGAAACACCUGUGAAAGUCGCAAAAAGGAAAUCGUCAGGGAAAAUUUCUAGUGUAGAAAAAGAAAGGACUCCUAAGUCAUCUCAGAAUGGGAUAAAAGACUUUGAAACACCCACAUUUGAUGAAGAGGAAAAUUAUGUUAAAACUGUUGAAAAAGACACUUCAAGUGUAAAACAGAAGCAAUCAAGACACAGUAAAGUGGGACUGGACACUUUGGAACUAAAGCAUAUUCAUGAUCAGGAAGUAAUUAAUAACAAGGAAGUCAAAGCAAAUGCUUUAGAAGAGGAAGUGGAGAUUUGGGUUCCCAAUAAAAAGUACUCAGGCAAGCUGAAGAAACAAGAGAAGAGUGCAGAAGUUAAGAAGUUUGCUCAAUUUGAACAUGGUGCACAGACUCCACCAGCUUAUGUAAAAAAGUCCUCUGCCAAACUUGCUACUCCAAAAACAGAGCCAGGAAAAGCAUCAAAGAAAGUAACAGGAAGUGAAAAAAAGAGUCGGACGUCAAAAAGAAAAGUCACAUUUGACAUGAAGAAAAACAAGGCUGUUGGCUUUAAGAAAAGUAUCCAAUUUAGUCCAUCACCCUUCAAUCCAGACAAGAGACCAGAACAGGGCAUCCUAAAAACACCAGAUGGUUCAUCGCAGGAAACACCUGAUGGUACGCCGUCUGCCUCGUCCCGGAAAAUUACCAGGCAGCCAACACCACACGUGAAAACCAGGGGGGUGAAAAGAACGCCAUCUAGUGUCAAAAAACUGCGAACACCAACAAGUGUUCAGAAGUACACUGGAACACCGAUUCCAAACAAAGCAGCUCCCGUGAUGAGACUUGUUAAGUCACCUCGUGCCAAAGCAGCGGAUUAUUUUUAGGUCAUGGAUAUAUACGUGAUCAAAUUGAACCCAUUAGUAUUACUAAAAUUGAAUAGAUAUGAUGUACUUUUAGUUUAUACUAUUGUAUACAUGUACAGUGUACAUUGUUAUGGCUUGCAAGGAAAACGUAUCAUAUGAUUUGUUUUAUAUCCAACUUUUCAGAAAAGCAUUUAAAAAUUAUAUCAGAUGACACACUGUUGAAAAAGUCAAUAAAAUGGGUAUUUUUGACCAGACUAAUAAA